AUGGUUACGAGUACAACGACGACAACUACGAUGAGUAAGAGAGCGCAGAAGGCUCGACGGAUACGGAAGCCAGGUGACGAAGAUUCGCCAAGUAGCACAGAUUCGGACACCGGACGUCCUGUGACACGGAGCCAAGAAGGACGAGCGGUAAGGAGGCCCAUUCUGAGAUCACGUGCGGUAAGAGUGACCCGACGACAGGGGGGUGACGCACCAGAAACAAAAGAGACGACCGACCACCAGGACCAGGAGGUCUCGCUACACCCACCAGUGGGAAAUCACGAUGACGAAGAUAAGAAGAGCAAACACGACGAGAUAUCACACGUGGAAGCGGAGGACGUUAAGACGAUGGCAUCGACGCUGCAGCAACUCAAAGAGACGGUGGCCGAGUUGAAGGCGACUGCUGGCAGUGGACGUGACGGUGAACGCCGACGAUCAGCUGAAGGGAAACGCCGACGAGGUGUUCCACGGGUACCACGGGUGCGAGAGGAUGAUCAAGCCGGGAGCAAUGCCGGUGGAGCACUAGCUAGUGAAGGAAGUCCACGCUCUAGUGUAAGGGCUGCUGGUGCAACCGAUAACGAAGGAGUGGCGAACAACGGUGGAGAGAUGGAGGCUAUGGCCACGGCCAUAAAAGACUUAGCAACGAUGGUAGCAAGGUUGCAGCCGGAACCACAACGACCAUCACGGCGGAGGCGUCCACAUGACGGGUCAUCUUCGAGAGAAAGCAGCAGCUCCAGUGGUGCUUCGGACGAUGGCGGUGACGACAGUCCAAGCGAGAGCAGCAACGAGGACAGUGACGACGACGCGGAGUCCGACGAUGAUGCGAACGAUGGACCCGACAGCAGUGACAACGACUCCAGCGACAGCCAGGACCCGAGCAGUAGCAGCAGCGACUCCGGUAGUGAAUCAGAAAGGCAUCGAGGUCGACGACGGCGACGAGGUCAACGACGACGACGCGGCCAUCAUGAACGACACGUACAACGAGAACGACAUGAACGAAGAAAACAAAGCCGAAAGAGAAGCGUUAAAGACUUGGAAUUACCGACUUACACUCCAUCUCCUAAAGUUUCGGUCUCGACCUGGAUCGAUCGCGUAGACUUGGCAUUGAAAGGCGCAGCGGAAUCGGGACGUGGCAAGUGGUCUGACCACGCCCUGUAUUUCAUUUUAGGUAAUAAGCUCAUGGAUAAUGCGGCGCGUUGGUGGGUUAAUAUGAACAGGAGAUUACCCAAGCGUGAUCGUACGUGGACCAAUUUGAAGAAGGCGCUGUUACGUAGAUAUGGAGAAAAGUUGGAUAAAUCCGCUGCCGAGUGGAGGGUCAAUAUGCGUCGUAUGAUGCCUGGAGAGACUUAUGCUGACUUUGCAGCAGCGCUUCGUGACGUAGUGGGAAGGAACAAGGUUAGUGAACGCGUGUUGUUAGCACAGUUCUGUAGAAGCCUUGACAAGACGACGAAGAAACUAGUCAAGCAACGACCCAAGCCAAGGACUCUAGAAGAAGCCGUCGAUAAGGCAAAUGAAAUUGAUGAUCCUAUGGAUAAUGUUGCUCUAGGGAUGAUGAAUAUUGGACAACCGUGGGCGACGGCGCCAAGCCCGUACUUAGUUCCUGUGGAUGGUACGACGGGUCAAACACUUGUGAUUCCGGGGAUUGGUGGAACCGGGCUAUCAACGGAGCUGAUGGCAGCAGGUUUGAACGGUACGACGACGACGGAUGGUGAUGGUGGAGUGGUAGCACUUUUCACUAACCCUCGUGGAGUUUGGAAUAAGUACUCGGGUACGUGGGAUGUACCAUCAGGACGCGUUUGGAACGGACAAUUCUGGUAUGAACCCAAGAAGAACGCCAGGAAGCGCUCUCCCGAGGACCAGCAAUUGCGCAAACCGAAGGACGCGAAGAAGCCGGCCAGGACGUUCAAGACGAGAAUCGAGCCAACUCCAUCUAGCAGUGACGAAUCGGAUGUGCGACCACCGAAGAAGAGAACGAAGGCAGCUGUGCGGCAGACGACGGAACCACGUGCGGAGUCACGCACUGAACAACGGAUGAAUAGUGGGCAGUCGACACGAAGGCCAGCAGUACAGGUGUCGUCAGGUCAUCCGGGGUGUCGACGAUGUGGGCAGCUGGGACACUGGAUGGCGCAGUGUCCGAACGGUCCGAAGUGUUAUGCUUGCAAUCAGUUAGGUCAUUUCGCCAAGGACUGCACCGACGAAGACGCGAAGGCCAGGAACCAAGAAUACCUGAAGAAGCGUCAAGAGGACAAGAAGACGCCGGAAAACGGGAAGCCGACGCAGUAA